CAUGUGUAUGACCUCACACACGCAGCCUUCCGAGGAGGGAAAAAAAAAAAAAUUCGCACGCACCCAAGACCCAACCUCACCGUCCUUAAUCAUCUUCAUCACUCGCCAUCUACCAACGCAUACCACGCCCCCCAACCAUGACCAUCUUUUCCCUCGUUCAUCGUCUUCGACAGCGAGUGGCAGAGCAGGACACGAGACCAUCAUUCCCUUCCCACCUUCACCAUCGCCCUGCUUUAUUACCGUUCGAUGCCAGUUUUCUCUGUAUGAGUAAUAUUGCCACCUUCAUCUCCCUGCUUUAUUUCUAAUCAUCGUCCAUUGCCCUGCAAAUUGUAUACUCUUGUUAGGUAUUUCUUCCCUGCGUACCAUAAUAUAGUUUUCUGGGAUUCUUUUAGUGCCAUGUCCGCUUUAGAGUGUCACUGAUUUCAAUCAAAUCAGGCUUUUUUAUUUCCCUAAGACUUAUUUCUGAUUAGGCACCCAUCUCCGUUGGCUGAGUCGGUUAAUUGUUUUCUGUCUAUUUUGUGGGGAUUUUCGUUGUUGUUUCUGGAAUAUUGCUUUCAUCACUACAAUUCUCUGGGCAUUGCAAGUCGUGGUUGAAGCUGUGUAAUUAGUUUUCAUGCAUGGCUGAUUCUGGUGACCUGCCGAAAUCUGCUGACAAUCAACCGUCCGAGCAAGUGUGUAAUUUCUUCAAGAAACCGGUUAAUAGGAAGAAUUUAAGAAAACGUACUGUUGAUGAAGAAGAUAACGAGGAGGAUUCAACCAAUGAAAGCUCUUUGUUACUCAGUCAGAAAAAACAGGUGAAGCCUGAUAAUAAGUUGUACUUUUCCACUGGUCCCUCAAAAAGCACUGCAUCUAAAGCACAAGAGGAGCCUGAGAAGCAACUGUUCCAUUUCGAGUCUUCAAAAGAGAUUCAAGUUCAACAUGAUAACAAAGCAACAGCUAUUCUUGAGACUGAAACCGAGUUUUCAAAAGAUGCUCGAGCUAUUCGUGAAAGGGCCCUUAAGCAAGCAGAGGAGAGUUUGAAGGGUAAAGCCACUAGUUCUGGAGAAGAAAAAUUGUACAAGGGCAUCAAUAGUUACAAAGAUUACAAGGCUGGCUUCCGUCGAGAGCAAACAAUUUCUAGUGAAAAAGCUGGUGGGGCACAUGGUCCUCUCAGGGCAUCAGCUCAUAUAAGAGUUUCAGCAAGAUUUGAUUAUCAGCCAGACAUAUGUAAGGAUUAUAAGGAGACUGGUUACUGUGGGUAUGGUGAUUCGUGUAAGUUUAUGCAUGAUCGAGGAGAUUACAAGUCUGGGUGGCAGUUGGAGAAGGAAUGGGAGGAAGCUGAGAAAGCUAGGAGAAUGAGAUUGGCUGCGGGAGAGGAUUCAGAUGAGGAGGGUGCUAAUUUGAGUGAUGAAGAUGAUGAUGAUUCAUUACCAUUUGCAUGUUUCAUUUGUAGAAAGCCCUUUGUGGAUCCUGUUGUAACAAACUGCAAGCACUACUUCUGCGAGCAUUGUGCGUUGAAGCAUCAUGCAAAGAAUAAGAAAUGUUUCGUGUGCAACAAGCCUACUCUUGGCAUUUUUAAUGCAGCUCAUGAGAUACGCAAGAAGAUGGCUGCAGAGGGUAAAUGAUUGUCACUCGGUGCUACCAUGCAUCUCUUUGCAUAACGGAAUUUAUCUUGAUGUUGUCAGUUUUGUGAGCCUUCGUUUUAUUCUCAACAGGGGGAAACAUAUAAUGAGACGAUGACAGUUAGAUUUUGCUGUCAGAUUAGUUUUUAUUUACAUUGCUGUACCUGUUUGACUAAUGGAUAGAUUUCAGGAUAUUUAGAAAUGUUGUAAUCAUAUAAGUUAGACCUUUUGUAUUCAUCAGUCAUAUGGCAGAAGGGCUUUAGUUCUUUCAUCUAUUCACUUUAAUCGGCAACAUACGCGACUGCAGUUCUUAUAGUAGACACGUAUGAUCAUCAUUUUGGAUUCAUCAAGAAUAUAAUUCUGUAUUGGUGGCUGAGAUGAUUGUAUGACUUAAUGGAAAGGCUUCUAGAAAACCAAAUACCUUCUACUUGUGAUGCUUUUCUUUUAAUGGUGCAAGACUGCAGGUUUAAC